UCCGCCGCCGACAUCUUGCCUCCGACCGGACGAGACGGGAGAGUCCGGUUUUCACGGUCAAAUGUCCUGAUGGGAGGACGGCGGGGCCUGUGUGGUUCUCUGUGAGGCAGCCCGGAGACACGGUGGCCUCUCUGCGGAGCGGUGACUCUUCAUUAUGAUCGUCAUCUCCGACUGACCGCAUCAGCCAUGAUUGGAGGACUCUUCAUCUACAACCAUAAGGGGGAGGUGUUGAUCUCCAGGGUGUACCGCGAUGACAUUGGGAGAAAUGCGGUGGAUGCGUUUCGUGUUAACGUCAUCCACGCCCGGCAGCAGGUCCGCUCUCCGGUCACCAACAUAGCUCGGACCAGCUUCUUCCACGUGAAGCGCUCCAACAUCUGGCUGGCAGCUGUCACCAAGCAGAACGUCAACGCCGCCAUGGUGUUCGAGUUCCUCUACAAGAUGUGUGACGUGAUGACGGCGUACUUCGGCAAGAUCAGCGAGGAGAAUGUCAAGAACAACUUCGUCCUCAUCUACGAGCUGCUCGAUGAGAUUUUGGACUUUGGUUAUCCUCAGAACUCAGAGACCGGAGCUCUGAAAACCUUCAUCACUCAGCAGGGCAUCAAGAGCCAGCACCAUACCAAAGAGGAGCAGUCUCAGAUCACCAGUCAGGUCACAGGUCAGAUCGGCUGGAGGAGAGAAGGAAUCAAAUACAGAAGAAACGAGCUGUUUCUGGACGUACUGGAGAGCGUCAACCUGCUUAUGUCACCGCAAGGUCAGGUGCUCAGUGCUCACGUCUCAGGUCGGGUGGUGAUGAAGAGUUACCUGAGCGGGAUGCCCGAGUGUAAAUUUGGGAUGAACGACAAGAUUGUCAUUGAGAAGCAGGGGAAAGGAGGGAGCUCUGAGGACGGCAGCAAGAGUGGUAAACAGUCGAUAGCGAUCGAUGACUGCACCUUCCAUCAGUGUGUCCGUCUCAGUAAGUUCGACUCUGAACGCAGCAUCAGCUUCAUCCCUCCAGAUGGAGACUACGAGCUCAUGAGGUAUCGAACCACCAAAGACAUCAUCCUUCCCUUCAGAGUCAUCCCUCUGGUCAGAGAAGUCGGUCGGACCAAGCUGGAGGUCAAAGUCGUCAUAAAGUCCAACUUCAAGUCUUCACUGCUGGCUCAGAAGAUCGAGGUUCGUGUUCCCACCCCUCUGAACACCAGUGGCGUUCAGCUCAUCUGCAUGAAGGGAAAAGCCAAAUAUAAAGCCAGCGAGAACGCCAUCGUCUGGAAGAUAAAGCGCAUGGCGGGGAUGAAGGAGUCUCAGAUCAGCGCAGAGAUCGAGCUGCUGCCGACGAAUGACAAGAAGAAGUGGGCACGACCUCCGAUCUCCAUGAACUUUGAGGUGCCAUUUGCUCCGUCAGGUCUGAAGGUUCGAUACCUGAAGGUCUUUGAGCCGAAGCUGAACUACAGUGAUCACGACGUUAUUAAAUGGGUUCGUUACAUCGGACGAAGCGGCAUCUAUGAGACGCGCUGCUGAUGUCGCUUGCUGGGGCUGAUGGGAAGAAGGACAUUCCAUGACAUCAUGUCAUUGUCGUCGUCGUGUGAUGUGGUGUCGUCUGUUCCUCAUCGGUUUUUGAACAUUGUUCCCUCCGGUUUCAGUCGGCCAUGUUUGUAAUCUGCACUCGGUGGCCUCUUCUGUUGGAACACCUGUACACCUGCACCUGAACACCUUUCCUGACACAUUCAUGUGAUGCAGCAGCAGCAGAUGGAUCCAUGGAUCCGUGUUUAUAUCCUGACCUUACAUCAGCACGAAGCACAAAUCCAGAUUCAGGCCAGGAGACGCUUUUCCAUCGUCUGCAAAACCAAAGACGGGCCUGGGACACCCUCUCAGUCCAUGUUAACAAAGCCACAGAGCCCUGAAACCCUCAGAGGACCCUCAGAGUUCACAGUGUUAUUCACAGUGAGCUGCUGUCACAUGAUUGGCUGAGCAGAUAUCUACCUUUUCCUGCAGGUGUACAAGUAUAUUAGCUGAAGUGUCCACUGAGUGUAGAGCUCCAUGCCUGUGUUUUUGUUCCAGCGCAGCUGAUGACUGAUAUCUGUGGGGACACCAGUCAGCCAAUCACAUUCCAGAACACACAGAAAGACUUGACUGAAGACACUGUCCCUAAAAACGGUCUCUGCUCUGAUGAGUAACAGGAAGUCUCUCUCACACGUCAGGAACCAGGAAGCGUAUUUGAGAGAGAGUUUGGGUGAACUGACCCUUUAACAUCCACUGGAACCACAGGACUGCACAGAGCGAGACCUCCUGCCUCAUCGUCAGUCUGUGAUCUGUGUCUUUACCCAGCAUGCCUCAGUCUCUGUGAGUUUCAACAUGUUUACUCUCAGUGUUUGUUGAUUUAGUGAAGAUCUGAUCUCAUCUCAAUUGUUUUAUUUUUAUUUUUUUACCUGUUGCUGAUGAAACCGUGAUCAAUGCUAAUCAGAUGUUAUCAGUCCAUAUGAACUCACUAUAAUAUGUCAUAAUGAUGUGACUGCAAAGUGUGUGUGUGUGCAUCUGUGUGUGUGUUUUUCUAUGGUUAUGUGGACAACUUUUGUUUUGAAACUAUCUUUGUGAAGACAUUUGAGUCUAUUCUCACAACUUCAGUGCUUCUAUGGGUUAAGACUUGGUGUUAGGGUUAGGGAAUGCAUUAUGUCAGUGUCCUCACAAUCAUAGUAAGACACAUACGUGUGUGUGUGUGUGUGUGUCUUUUGUAUUUUUUUCUUUUCUGACACUUCCUCGUGAACAAACCUGCGGCCUCCUUCCUAGAAACCUGGCACCUCAUCAAAUAUGAUAUCUAUAAUAUUCUAUCAAAUGUUAUGUUAAAUAAAACAUGUUUUGACAUAAAAGUG